AUGUGGCAACUCGGGAGCUGGCUGAGAGGUGUCAGCGUGACCCCGCAGAUCAGAACAAGAGAAGAAGCACUGUUGAUGCUGCGAGCCCUGAAGAUCCUGAGCGCUCGGUCGAUUGCAGCCCUCUCUUGCCCCUCCCAGUACGGUCAAGCGCCGAGAGUGGGUAAGAAUCCGCCCACAAAGCCUUGUUCAACCCUCCUCGAUACUGUACCUCUCCCCGCCAUUGCCCCUGAUGUGUCUCCAGCAUCAGCUGCAAGCUGCAGAGCGCAGGGCGAUUCUGGCUUUGUCGUCUUGCCGUUCUUGGUCCAAAAAGGCCCCCGUUCAGAUAUCCAACCCAACCAGUCAGCGCACGAGAUGCCUCCUCCGACUCUGCAUCCUGCAGGGCAGCCAUCACAUUGCACUAACCAGAACGUGUCCUUCCAGGACGCACGCCGAGUCACCCUGGAGGUCUGUAUGAGUCGGUUGCCACCCCCUUCCGACUGGCUACUGGACGCUGAUGGGAUGAAGGAGCUUAAGACGGCAGAGGCAAUGAUGAGCAGCCAUGACGAAGUCCGCUGUCGAGAUCUUGAACCGAUUCGUCUCUGCACUGCGUGA